AAAAAAGAAGAAUUAUUAAGGUUAUUUCUUCUGACUAUUUAUUUUCCAUUGUGAUUAUUUUAUAUAUUUUCUAUUGUGACUAUUCUUUUUUUACUCCAAGUUGUUAAUAGCGUAUAUAAAUGAGAUGAGUGAGAAUCAGUAUAAAAUUGAAAUUGAAAUACCUUUCGAGACAAAAAGACUUGCAGAAAUUGCUUAUAAUGUGUUAGAAGUUGACAAAGAACCAAAAAGAAGUGGAGUUACUAAAAUUUUAUACCAGAAAGACACCAUUUUAAUAGCGAACUUUUCAGCUAAAUUGGCAAAACAAUUAAGGGUAGCUUUAACCAAUUUUUUUGAAAAACUUGACCUAAUAUCUGGAACAAUUGAAAUGUUAGGACCACCGGUUAGCAAAGAGUACAAUCACUAUUAAAUAAAUGCCUGAACACACCCCAACCCCAACUCCCAGUAGAGCCGUCUAUGGAUUUGUUAUGUACCUAUCCUUUAGGAUAUUUUUCAUUAUAUAUCUUAUUUGGGCUGUCGUACCGGAAAGCUAUUUUAGAUUAAUGGGAAUAACAUUUCUACCUCAAAGACAUUGGGCUAUAACUGUACCAAUUUAUUUACUUACAGUGCUCACCAUAGUUGCUUUUGUUAUUUAUCCUAGUUUAGGACUGUGUAUGACACCAGCUAUAGAUGAUAUAAGGACUAUCAGGGAUGAAAUUGGGGGUAAAAGAAGAAAAAAUGGUAUUAGUUUAAGAGAUACAAAAAAGGAUUCUAGUUGUAUAUGUAAAGAUAAGGGUAAUUGUUGCAAAGAAUUGUAUGAAAGUAUUCAACAUACUUUUGCCAAUAAUGCUAUUCCAGUGUUGAGAGAUUUAGAUAUUUCAGAUGUAUCAGAACUGUUGUAUUUGGAUAAUAAAAUGAAUUGUUAAUGUUA